AUGGCGUUCACGUUCGCGGCCUUUUGUUACAUGUUGGCGUUACUGCUUACAGCGGCGCUCAUCUUCUUCGCUAUUUGGCACAUAAUCGCGUUCGACGAGCUGAAGACGGAUUACAAGAAUCCUAUAGAUCAGUGUAACACAUUAAAUCCACUGGUGCUCCCAGAGUAUCUCAUUCACUUCUUCUUCUGCGUCAUGUUCUUCUGCGCCGCCGAGUGGCUGACGCUCGUCCUCAACCUGCCGUUGCUGGCCUACCACGUCUGGAGGUACAUGAGCCGGCCCGUAAUGAGCUGUCCGGGACUAUACGACCCGACGACCAUCAUGAAUGCCGACAUCCUGGCGUACUGUCAGAAGGAAGGCUGGUGCAAGCUGGCUUUCUACCUCCUCUCUUUCUUCUACUAUCUCUAUGGCAUGAUCUACGUUUUGGUGAGCUCCUAA